UUCAAUGGAGGGAUGUAGAGAGAGAGAGAUGCGCUUGUUGCUGUGGAGCCGCAGGUGAGUCUGUAUCAGUAGAGCGCAGCUCCGCUCCCGCGCCUCGUCUUUCACCUGUCCGCGCGCUCAGGGCUGGUCGGAGGCGCGCGCUCAUCUGACAGACAAACAGACGCGCUCCGGCGAGAGCGUGCGCGUGUGUUAUUCUCCUGUUCAAUGAGCUUGUUGGCGAACUAUCGGAGUACUCACAGCACCGUCGCCCCCCUCGCGUCAUGUCUCACCCUGAGAGAUGGGCAAGUUCGACGAGCGCGAGAGGGUAAUCCUCAACGUCGGCGGCACGAGGCACGAGACCUACCGGAGCACGCUAAAGACACUGCCGGGCACGCGACUGGCGCUGCUCGCCUCCGAGUCCGAUCUCGAGUUGGUUUUGGAUCAGCUGCAACAAGUGCCUGGAUUCAUCGAGUACAGCGCGCGGAGCAACGAGUACUUCUUCGACCGGCACCCGGGCGUUUUCGCCUACGUGCUCAACUAUUACCGGACCGGGAAGCUGCACUGCCCGGCGGACGUGUGCGGUCCGCUGUUCGAGGAGGAGCUCUCCUUCUGGGGCAUCGAUGAGACGGACGUGGAGCCGUGCUGCUGGAUGACCUACCGACAGCACCGCGAUGCCGAGGAGGCGCUGGACGUGUUUGAGAUGAACGUGGACACCGAGGAGGACGACGAGUACGGGAAGCGGCUGGGCAUUGAGGACGUGGUGUCCGCGGACGGCACCGUGAGCCGCUGGAGGAGGUGGCAGCCGGUCAUCUGGAACCUUUUUGACGACCCGUACUCCUCCAGAGCCGCGCGGUUCAUCGCCUUCGCCUCCUUGUUUUUCAUCAUGGUCUCCAUCACCACCUUCUGCCUGGAAACUCACGAAGCCUUCAACACCAUCAUCAACAAGACGGAUCCACUGCGAAACGAAACGCUGACCGACAUCAGCCAGCAAUACGAGAUCGAGACCGACCCGGCACUCACAUACGUGGAGGGAGUCUGCGUGCUGUGGUUCACCUUCGAGUUUCUGGUGCGCAUCACAUUCAGCCCGGACAAACUGGAGUUCAUCAAGAGCGUCCUGAACAUUAUUGACUUUGUGGCCAUAUUGCCGUUUUACCUGGAAGUGGGACUGAGUGGACUUUCCUCCAAAGCUGCUAAAGACGUGCUGGGUUUUCUGCGAGUGGUGCGUUUCGUUCGCAUCCUGCGGAUCUUCAAGUUGACUCGUCACUUUGUAGGGCUCCGCGUAUUGGGACACACUCUCCGUGCAAGCACUAACGAAUUCCUCCUCCUCAUUAUCUUCCUAGCGCUGGGCGUCUUAAUAUUCGCUACCAUGAUCUACUACGCCGAGCGGAUCGGCGCCAGUCCCAAUGACCCAACAGCAAGUCAUCACACUAUGUUUAAAAAUAUCCCUAUUGGCUUUUGGUGGGCUGUUGUUACAAUGACAACAUUGGGUUAUGGUGAUAUGUACCCUCAAACGUGGUCUGGGAUGGUUGUGGGAGCGUUGUGUGCCCUCGCUGGCGUGCUCACGAUAGCGAUGCCGGUGCCGGUUAUCGUUAAUAACUUCGGCAUGUAUUAUUCGCUGGCCAUGGCUAAACAGAAGCUCCCGAAGAAGAGGAAGAAGCACAUCCCGCAGGCGGUGCAGACGGGCUCGCCGCUGUACUGCAGAACUGAUCUGAGCACAGCCUGCAACAGCACACAGGGGGAGCUGUGUAUCGGACAGAGCCGAGGACUGGAGAGACAUCGCUCAGUGCUGUCGGCUGACUGCAGCGCAGGAAGUGACAUCAGCAUGUCUCCAGAGGAGCGCAUGCCCAUGCGUCACUCCAGCGUCCGUGAACAGGACCAUCACACAGAGGGCACGUGUUUCCUGCUAGCCCCCAGCGACUACACCUGCACCGCAGACGCAGCCAUACGGAAAACAGCCACUGUUUCUCCCCUGGCCGAUGUUCAGUUUAUAUCAGCCAGAGACGGGGAGGGCGGAGCCAGCAGAGACUCUGAUGGAUUUGACGAACUGGAUUGGACGGUCUGGAAUAGAAUAAGCCUGUGAUUGGACGGUUCUCAUAGAUGGACAUCUUCAUCCAACGGACUGGAUUUUCCUGUGUGAAAGUCGAAAGAAACAAAUGUAAAAAUCCUGACGUGGAUCUAGUGAAACGUGCUUCAAUCCGGCGGGCUCUCCAUUUUAAAUGUGGCAUCUGUAUAAAAGGACACACAUUCACGCGUGGCUUCCCUCUGUGUCAGGUAGCAAAUCCAGCACCCUUUUCCAGGCCUCUGUCAGUGCAAUAAGUGUAUUACGAUGUGUAGAGGCACAAGUGUUGAACUCGAGUAUUAGUGUAUCGACUUUUCUGAACUACACCAUAGAGCGAGAGAGACUAUAACAUGAUCUGAUGAAUAAAUGUGACCUGCUGUCAUUUAUGCUUUUAGUUGCUCUAGUAUCUCUGGUGGAGUCCUUGCUGUCUCUGUGUGUAUGUGUGUCUGCAGGUUUAUGUGGUUUAUGAGGACAUUAAAUUGCAUAAUGACAUAGAUAUGACCAGUUGUGCUGUUAUUAAGGGGGUUUAUGAGGAUGUGCUUUGUGUCCUCAGAAUGCAUAAGCAAUUCUUAAGUCAUACAGUACUUGUCUAAUAAGUGAUUUCUACACUAUAAAUAACGUAAUGGAAAGUCCUCAUAAACCAUAAAUACGAGUGUGUGCAGGUUUAUGUGGUUUAUGUGGACAUUGAAAUUGUAUAAUGGCAUUGAUAUGACCUAGUUGCACUUUGUUAUUAAGGUAUUUUAUUAGGACAUGCUUUGUGUCCUUGUAAUGCUUAAAAUCAUACUUGUCUUUUGGCAUUCAAAUUCGUUAAGGUAGGGUAAAACCGUAUAAUAAACAAUUUGUACACCAUAAAUUAAUUACACCUAUGGAGAGUCCUCAUAAACCAUAUAUACAAGUGUAUGUACAGGUUUAUGUGGUUUAUGAAGACGUUGAAAUUGUAUAAUGGCACUGCUAUGUCCUAGUUGUGCUCUGUUAAUAAGGUGGCUUACGAGGACAUGAUUUGUGUCCUUGUAAUGCUUAAAAUAAUACGUGUGUUUCCAGAUCUAAAUUUGUAGGGAUGGGGCAGAGCCAUAUAAUAAGUGAUUUUUACACUAUAAAUUACAGUACGCCUAUGAAGAGUUCUCAUAAACCAUAUUUCCAAGUGUGUGUGCAGGUUUAUGUGAUUAAUGAGGACACUGAAAUGGUAUAAUUACAUCGGUGUGUCCUAGUUGUGCUCUGUUAUUAAGGUGGUUUAUGAGGACAUGCUUUGUGUCCUUGCAAUGCUUAAAUCAUACUUGUCUUUUCGAUUUUGUAGGGGUAUGGUAAAACCAUGUGAUGAGCUGUUUUUACACUAUAAGUUGCAUUACACCUAUAGAAAGUUCUCAUAAACCAUAUAUGCAGUAUGUGUGUAUGUGUGUGCAGGUUUAUUUGGUUUAUGAGGACUUUGAAAUUGUAUAAUAACGUUAGUAUGACCUAGUUGUGCUCUGUUAUUAAGAUAUUUUAUGAGGACAUGCUUUGUGUCCUUGUAAUGCUUAAAAAUGAUUAAAAAUCAUACUUGUUCUUUGACAUUUAAAUUUGCAGGGGUCGAGUACAGCCAUGUAAUAAGUGAUUUUUCCACUAUAAAUUACAUUGCACCUAUAAAGAGUCCUCGUAAACCAUAUAUACAAUGUGUGUAGGUUUAUGUGGCUUAUGAGGACAUUGAAAUUGUAUAAUGGCAUUGGUAUGACCUAGUUGUGCUCUGUUAAUAAGGUGUUUUAUGAGGACAUGAUUUGUGUCCUUGUAAUCCUUAAAAUACUUUUAAAAAUCAUACUUGUCUUUUGACAUUCAGAUUUGUAGGGGUAGGGUAAAGCCAUAUAGUAAGUGAUUUUUACACUAUAAAUUACAUUACUCGAGUUCUCAUAAACCAUAUAUACAUUUGGGUGUGUGUGUGUGUGUGUGUGGAAAUUCCUCUUUCUUGGUCGCUGUUUGGUAGUGAAAGUGUCCAGUGCAACAAUCAGAUGUGAUGUGCAAUAAUGAUGUGAAACAAAGCUGCACCGAUUCACACUGUGAUCUGAGUCUGACAGACACCGUGGCCCGCUUCAACAAACCCUCUGCUCCUUCAGCCAGACAGAGAUUAGACCUGUCACAUCAGUGUGUGUGUGUGGGGGUGUCUGUGUGUGUGCAAUAUUACAAAUGCGAUACAACAUUAGUAUUACUGUGUUUAAAAAUGCUAUAAUUUUCGUUUUCAUUGUUACUUCUUAUUUAAAUGUUUACGUUUUAGUCAUUUUUGUUUAGCAGUAGCUCAUCAGAAAUUAUCACUAAAAUACAGUAAGCUAAUCAUUCAAAAAUAUGAUCAGUAGUCCUCAAUUGAAGUUGAUCCAAACCUUAAAAUUGUUUGUCCUAAAACGAUCAAACAACACACUCUUAUCUUAG